GCUCCGUCAGGCGGAGGGAUGGAGAUGUGAGGCGAGCAGCAGCAUGCUCCCACUGACUGACAGCGAGAAAAACCAACAAUGAAAAAAGUAUUACGAGCGGGGCAGAAAUGCCCCAUGCAAGGAGCGGUGUGGUGAUAGUGUGGUUGUCCCGCAAUGAGCCGCCGACCCCCGGACCGGUGUGGAGCUGGACGGGACAUGAGGGCAGCCUGGAUCCUGACUGUGACUUCCCUCAUCACCGCUCAGACUGCCGGAGGAUCGCCGCUGCUGCUGGACCCCGAGGUUUUUCUGGAGAAGUACGGCUACCUCCAUCAGGACAACCACAUCCACAAUGCAGUCGAGAUGCAGUCAGCUAUCUGCGAGUUCCAGUGGUUGUCCCGGCUUCCGGUCACGGGUGAGCUUGACGGCGCCACCCUGAGGCAGAUGUCGGAGCCCCGCUGUGGGGUGUCGGAUGAGGGCAGCCAGCAGAUCUGGGCUCAGAGAGUAAACGCCAUUUUCACCGGAAAGAGAGCCGCUGUCAGACGACCACAGCGCCGCAGGAGGCGCUCUGCUGCGCAAGCUGAGAAGUGGUACAAACAACAUCUGACCUACCAGAUAGUGAACUGGCCUCGCCACCUGUCUCUGGGCUCCGUGCGGCUGGCGGUGCGCGCUGCCUUCCAGCUGUGGAGCAAUGUGUCGGGCCUGGUGUUCCAGGAGGCCCCUGAAGGUCCCGCAGACAUCCGGCUGGCCUUUUAUGAGGGAGACCACAACGAUGGGGCCAGCAACGCCUUCGACGGACCAGGAGGAACUCUGGCUCACGCCUUCCUGCCUCGCCGGGGGGAAGCCCACUUCGACAGGGCAGAGAGGUGGACGCUAAACGGACACAAGGGACACAACCUGUUCAUGGUGACCGCCCACGAGAUCGGACACACUCUGGGACUGGAGCACUCCCCCGUCCGUCACUCCCUGAUGUCACCAUACUACAGGAAGCUCGGCCGCAGCCUGGUGCUGAGCUGGGAUGACAUCAUCGCAGUGCAGCAGCUGUACGGUAAGCCGUCAGGUGGCCGCCCAGUAAGGCUGCCCGGCCAGGUUUUGCACGCCGCGCUGCAGGAGUGGGAGUUCACAGAGCUUCACAACGGGCAUCAGACCACAGGGCAGCCUCUGUACUGCCAGGGUGUCUUCGAUGCCAUCACUAUGGACCAGAAUGAGACAGUGCUGGUGUUUCGGGGCAGUGUGUACUGGACGGUGUCAGCUGAAGGUGGUGUGAGCGGCCCGCUGCCUCUCCGUCAGCGCUGGUCUGACCUCCCUCCGGCCAUCGAGGCUGCUGCCUUCUCCCCGCUGGACUCCAAGUGGUAUUUUUUCAAAGGGAAGCGGAUGUGGCGCUACACUGGCAGCGUGCUGGACCCCGGCUUCCCCAAGAGGAGCAGUGAGUUGGGGCUGCCUCGCCACCCCGACUGCGCCUUCUAUUACGCUCCUCUGGGUCACAUGGUCCUCUUCAAGGGCUCCCGCUACUCUGUGCUUAACCUCAAAACCCUGCGCCAAGAACCCUACUACCCCCGCAGGCUGACAGACUGGACUGGUGUGCCAAAGGGGACCAAUGGGGUGCUGACCCGUCCAGACGGGCGUCUCUACCUGUUCAGAGAACAGCGGUUCUGGAGAUUUGACCCGGUCAAGGUGCGAGUCACCAGAGAGGGCCAGUGGGCCAAGGAUCUGAGCUGGACUGGUUGCAGCAAUGCUCCUCAGAGCAACAACAUCCUUUGACCAGCAGGGGGAGCUGUAAGCUUCAGAUGUGCAAUUUGUUGACAUAUACUGUAACAUAAAGUUGCUAUAAUUUUUUCAGGCUAAACCCACAGAGUUUAUAUGUUGCAAAAGGAGCCUAGCUCAGCAAACUCAUGCCAUGAAGAGAUUCAACAAAAUUAAACCCACUUGGUUUAUUUAUUUUGCACAUAUUUAUACUGCAGAGCAAUGGACAUUGCUGUAUAUGGAUGUGCAACUAUAGCCUCAUUAAUACGGUUUAGAUAAUGAUGGGACUGUGCACUCUUAAGUGAGCAGACAAAAAACUGUUUUUUAGGUUGGAGCUAUGCUUUUAAAACCAUCUUCUUUUCUCUUGUAGUAUUUGCACACUGACAGAGAAACCAAAAGACGUGUUAUGUGUGUCUUCUGCAAUGUCAUUAACAUAUGUAACAUAUUAAUAAUAAUAAAACUUUAUUGGUUGUA